AUAAAAACAAACUUUGUUAUUUCUCCUUCGUCAAUUUUUUCUGUCUCUCUCUAUCCAUCAAUGGGGAAAAAAAUAACAACUCUCAGAGACCUCAUCGGCACCAUUAAAGACAAAGCUUCACAAUCCAAAGCCGCUUUCAUCUCUAAACCAAGCAGCUUCUCCCUCCACCUCGCCGUCCUCCGUGCCACCACUCACGCGCCGUCAUCACCACCAGACGACCACCAUAUCUCCGCUCUACUUGCCCUCGGAGACAGCUCACGCGCCACAGCUUCCUCACUUAUCGUCAUCAUAAUGGACCGACUUCACCGCACCGGCGAUUCAACCGUCGCACUCAAAUGCCUUUUAAUCAUCCAUCAAAUAAUCAAACGGGGACCGUUCAUACUACAAGAUCAACUCUCCGUCUUCCCGGCUACCGGCGGACGUAACUACCUCAAACUCUCCGCCUUCCGCGACGGCGCUACCGCAUCCAGAUUUACAAUCUCCGCAUGGAUCCGAUUUUACUCUAGAUACAUCGAAACCCUACUCUACACCUCGAGAAUUUUGGGCUAUUUUCUCUCUUCUUCUUCGUCUUCGUAUAACACAGGCGAAAAGAUCUCCACCUUCUUAAACUCAGAUUUAAUCAGAGACGUCGAUUCGCUGGUUCAAUUAAUCGAAGAAACGAUCAAAUUGCCCGAUUCACUUCUACUCGACGGCAACAAAUUGCUCUACGAAGUCAUCGGAUUACUGAGUUCCGAUUACUUAUCGACGGUGAACGAGUUGUUAAUACGACUCAGUGAGUUCAAGGAACGACUCAGUUGUCUGAGUUUCGGUGACUCGGUCGAGUUGAGUUUUAUUUUUAAGAGAUUAGAAGGAUGUGAAGAGAGAUUAUCGGUUUUAUUUUCAGUUAAAAAGCCAUCAACUGAGUUAUUAUGGAGUUCCGUAACCGAGUUGAGCUUGAAAAUUGAUGAUUUGAAGGUCGAUUUAUCGGGUCGUAAGUUACUAACGUUCGAAAAAUCGAGCGAGUCAGCUCGGUUUAACAACCGAGUUGUAAAAUUUGGUAACUCAGUUCAGUUUUCGUCAGGGAGGUAUGAGAUGAAUAAUUUACCUCUAAUGAUUGUUGAAUGAAGAAAUUGGAGAAAUUAAACUCCAAUUAAUUGAACAAAUUCGAAGCAAAAUUUUAUAAUUUUCAUAAUUGGGGGGUGUUUUUUUUUUUUUUGGGUGGUUAUAUGUGUAACAAUAUAUUAGGAAGUGUUAUAUUAUUUGAAAUGUUUCCCACAGAUAUUUUUGUACAUAUAUAUGGUACAUGUGUCCCAAUUUUGGAUUU